AUGUGCCGUCUGGUUUACGGGUCCCUCCAGGUUACAGAGAAAGACCCCAAACGCCACCCGCGAGGCCAUCAGCUGUUGCUUUAUAAUGUCGUCAUAGGAUGGACUAGCCACGCAAAAGUGAGGCCAGCACCACACAAAGUUCCAUGUCCUCUGAAGUUCUUCAGUUUUUCCCCUGGACCAGAGACUACAUCGGAUGUCAGUUCGUCAGGUCCGACUCAGUGGAUCGACAAGGCAGCUCUCCGCUUCAUUUACACCUCUUCAGCCCAGAGAAGUUUUGAAGAUGUUCGUUGGGACAUCAAGUUACCUCAGCGUCUGAAGCCCCCAGCUACCACACUUGAGAAAAUGGCAGAUCCUGUGAAUCAACAUUUCACUCUUAAACGUUACAACAGCAAACCAGAACUUUGGCAGAGUGUUGAAGCCCAAUGGAAGAGACACCAGCUUCGAGUUAAAAAUGAAGUCAGGAAACCCAUAUCGUUCAACAGUCCAUGUCCAAAAUCUGGCCAAAUUCCACUAUACAGUGGUGUUGUCGCCUUUAAGAACAUUGAUGAUAUAGAUGACGUGGACCAAGAUUUUUAUCCCCUGACUAUGCAGAGGACCACCUUACCUCCGUACACCCCAACCACACAUCGUCCUACUAUCCCUGGUUACACUGGCAAGGCCAACUAUGACGUUGGUCUAAACUCUGGCUUUAGUCUCCCAGUUCUACCCAGCUAUGCACACAACUCCUGGACCACUCGGGAUCCAUGGGUUCCUGCUUAUGGUCGAACUGCACCUCUUUCCAAAAUGGUAACCACUGUGCACCCUCAUAACCCAUUCCGGCAUCCGAAGCGACCAGUGUUUCUCAUUUAAUGGCCCUUGGAGAAUGCAUGAAGAAAUAUUAAACAAAGCAUAUGAGAAAGUUUUGAAUGUGCCAGCUACCCUUUUAUGCCAUUCAAUCUGUAUUUAUGAAUAGAUCUAUAAUGAUGUGAUGUCAGUGACGGAUUCUGGGUGAGUUUGCGAAUAAUGAGAUGCUCUAUUAGCAUAAUUUCCCUGAUUUAGAUGAGUGGUUUUGUGACUUUGGGCUUGUGAGCUCUUAGAUCUUGCAGUCAUUGUCUUGGUAAAUACUGUGUGUAUGCAUAUACGAUACAUUAUGUGUGUGUUUGGCAGUUUUAAGGUGUGUACGUGUAAAUGUGUUUGAGGAAAAUACAGAACGAAACAAAACAGAGGAUUUCUAGCAGCACAUUUACUUACACAUUAUUGUAAUAAUUUAGAGACUAUAUUAUUGUAUUUAGUACCCAUAUACAGCUUAAUACAGUAUAUCAUAAAUUAAAACAAAAAAAUGCUUCAAUUAAAGUAUUUGUAGAACACGACUAUAAUGAUU